AUGUUUUGUAACGCUGGUCUCUGCUCGUGUUUGACGUCAUACAUUGCCGCCGAGUCGUACUGCUACCAAAAGAUCGAUCCUGGACAACCUGGAUGUGUCUACAACGAGCAGUGUUCCGCCGUUUGGCCAGAUGCUUUCUGUGACACCUCAGCCGGCGUGGGUACUUGUCGCUGCGGAGAGAAUAAGGUCGAACGGGUCACCCGUGACGGACAUGUCUGCCUCGAUAUGCUAGAUGGCAACCAGAAUAUUCUCGCUAUUACUUGCCCCCUUCCAGAAGGUGCCGGGUACACUUCGGCCUUGUCAGAUUCUCAUCAUCCGCGUCAGACCAACAGCGCGGGGCCAGUGCUGUGCAAUACUGAGAGCAUGGCCACCCAACAAAGUGGCGACGAACUUGGUGACGGCUCGGCUGCCUGUCUGUUCCCAUCUACAGGUGGUUAUAUAGCCGAUAUCUAUGACUGCGUCGGUCGUCUCCUCCGGGGUCGAUCUCACGUCGUCGGGGAUCUACGCGACAAAAGCUAA